UUUUUUUUAAAAAAGGACCUGUCCUGUGCCCAGAAGAUUGUUCCAUCCAGGGCUGAUACUCACUGGUUUAUGAAAGUUUAGAUCAUGGACGGUGUCAAGAAAAGUGAAGUAAAUGGAAUUGAGGAACCAGCAGUGAUCAUCACAGACCCCAUCCUAGAGGAAGAAUAUGGUGGUGUAUCUUCCAAAUCUAAGAAAAGAGAAACUGUAAAAAUGGUCGGCGCACUGAAUAUGUUCCGGUAUUCUAACGCAGUGGAUAAGCUGCUAAUGCUGGUUGGAACCAUAGCGGCCAUUACUCAUGGAGCAGGUCUGCCUCUUAUGAUGCUGGUUUUUGGGGAUAUGACAAACAGCUUUGUAUCAGAGGGUAAAGAUAAAGCACGUAACGAUUCAGGAGCAACACUGAUCAAUGCAACAGACACACUACAAGAUCAAAUGACAGUGUUUGCAUAUUAUUACACGGGCUUGGGAUUUGCAGUGCUUCUUGCCUCCUACAUUCAGAUCUCUUUCUGGACCCUUGCUGCCGGCCGCCAGGUUAGGAAAAUUAGAAAGAACUUUUUUCACUCUGUUCUUCGCCAGGAAAUCGGCUGGUUUGAUGUUAAUGAUGCCGGAGAGCUGAACACAAGACUCUCAGAUGAUAUCUCCAAAAUUAACGAAGGGAUCGGCGAUAAAGUCGGAAUGCUGUUUCAGUCUUUGGCGACUUUCCUUGCAGGUUUUACCAUUGGUUUUAUUAAAGGCUGGAAGCUGACUUUGGUUAUUCUCGCUGUUAGCCCGCUCAUGGGAUUGUCAGCUGCUUUGUGGUCAAAGAUAUUAGCCGCCUUCACCAACAAAGAACUGACGGCUUAUGCCAAAGCUGGGGCCGUGGCUGAAGAGGUCCUUACAGCUAUCAGAACGGUGAUAGCCUUCGGUGGGCAAAAGAAGGAAAUAGCAAGGUAUGAAAAGAACUUAGAAGAUGCCAAGAAUAUAGGUGUAAAGAAGGCAAUCACAUCAAAUGCUUCAAUAGGAGUUGCCUUCUUAAUAAUAUACUCUGCCUAUGCAUUAGCUUUCUGGUACGGUACACAUCUGGUUAUAUAUGAAAAUUACACCAUUGGCGCUGUACUUACUGUAUUUUUCUCAGUGACUGUGGCUGCUUUCAGUUUUGGCCAAGCUGCCCCCAAUAUUGAAGCCUUUGCCACGGCCCGGGGAGCAGCCUAUUCCGUAUUCACCAUUAUUGAUAAUGAACCCAAAAUUGACAGUUUUUCCACUGAUGGCUUUAAACCAGACAGCAUUAAAGGAGAUAUAGAAUUCAUUGAUGUAAAUUUUACAUACCCAUCCAGGGCUGAUUAUCAGGUUUUGAAAGGAAUAAACCUAAAGAUCACAAGUGGGGAAACUGUUGCUCUAGUCGGAAGCAGCGGCUGCGGGAAAAGUACCACCGUGCAGUUGCUACAGCGAUUUUAUGAUCCUGUGAAAGGCUCGAUAACCAUUGAUGGACAAGAUAUUCGUAACCUUAAUACGAAAUAUCUCAGAGAAAUUAUCGGCGUGGUGAGCCAGGAACCGAUUCUGUUUGAUACUACAAUUUCAGAAAACAUCCGUUAUGGACGAGAAGAUGUCACAAUGGAGGAAAUCGAAAAAGCAACAAAGGAUGCAAAUGCGUACAAUUUUAUUAUGCAAUUACCAGACAAAUUUGAAACCCUGGUGGGAGAGAGAGGAACACAGAUGAGUGGUGGACAGAAACAGAGGAUCGCUAUUGCAAGAGCACUUGUCCGCAAUCCCAAAAUCCUCCUUCUAGACGAGGCCACGUCCGCCCUGGACACUGAAAGUGAAGCUGUUGUCCAAACUGCUCUGGAUAAGGCUCGGGAGGGUCGUACGACCAUUGUAAUUGCUCACCGUUUGUCCACAAUUCGAAAUGCUGACACUAUUGCUGCUUUUGACAGCGGAGUCAUAAUCGAAAAAGGAAAUCACAAUGUAUUAAUGGAAAAACAAGGGGUAUAUUACAAGCUUGUUACUAUGCAGACAGUGGAAGCACAUAAUGAUGAUGAUCUAGAAGAUGAGCCAUAUGAACGGACAUCAGCAGAGAUGGAUCUUACAGGCUCCCAACUAAUAAGGAGGAAAUCAAGUCGACAAAGUUCUAGGAAAAUGCCAGAGAAACAGGACAAGAAAAAAGAAGGCAAUAACAAAAAUGGGGUUGAAGAAAUUCCAUCAGUCUCAUUUUUUAAGGUUCUAAGCUUGAACAAACCAGAAUGGUUGUACUUUGUGGUUGGCGUUAUCUGCGCCAUCAUUAACGGGGGCACUCGACCAGCAUUCUCUAUCAUAUUUUCGAAAAUCAUUGGGGUGUUUGCCGGAGACGCGGCUGAUAUAAAUUCAAAAAGCACCAUGUUUUCACUAUUUUUCCUAGCGUUGGGUGGAGUUUCAUUCGUUACAUAUUUCCUUCAGGGAUUCACCUUUGGUAAAGCAGGAGAGAUUCUAACUAUGCGGCUCAGACUCAUGGCUUUCAAAGCAAUGCUGAGACAGGAAAUGAGCUGGUUUGACAACUCCAAGAACAGCACUGGGGCUUUAACAACAAGGCUGGCUACUGAUGCUUCGCAAGUGCAGGGGGCAACUGGAGCAAGACUUUCCAUACUGUGUCAGAACAUAGCAAAUAUGGGCACAGCCAUUAUUAUAUCACUUAUAUACGGAUGGCAACUAACUCUUCUUCUUUUGGGAAUUGUGCCAAUACUUGCCAUUUCUUCUCUGAUUUCAAUGAAAAUGCUUGCUGGCCACGCCAAGAAAGACAAAGCAGAAUUGGAAGUAGCUGGAAAAGUUGCCAAUGAUGCUAUAGAGAACAUCCGCACCGUUGUCUCAUUGACGCGAGAAAGGAAAUUUGAGUCCAUGUAUGAGAAGAAUUUGGAAGGGCCCUACAGGAAUUCUGUUAAAAAAGCACAUAUAUAUGGCUUGUCAUUUGGCCUCUCUCAAGCCAUUAUGUAUUUUGCUUAUGCUGGCUGUUUCCGGUUUGGGGCGUACCUGGUGGCAAAAGGUCUGAUGAACUUUGAAGAUGUUUUUCUGGUUUUUUCAGCCAUUGUGUUUGGUGCAAUGGCUUUGGGCCAGACCAGUUCAUUUGCCCCAGACUAUGCUAAGGCAAUGGUGUCCGCAUCCCAUAUAUUCAGUUUAUUGGAACGAGUUCCACUGAUUGACAGCUACAGCAAUGAAGGGGAAAAGCCACCACAUUGCGAUGGAAACGUGACAUUUAAAGGUGUGCAGUUUAAUUACCCGACAAGGCCUGAUGUCCAAGUUCUUCAGGGACUGGAUUUGACAGUGAAGAAAGGAGAAACGUUGGCACUGGUGGGCAGCAGUGGAUGUGGCAAAAGCACAACCGUCCAACUUCUGGAGAGGUUCUACGACCCAAAUGAUGGAGAUGUGUGCUUGGAUGGCAACGGUGUGAAAAGCCUGAACAUCCAGUGGCUCAGAGCACAGAUGGGGAUAGUUUCCCAGGAACCCAUGUUGUUUGACUGCAGCAUUGCCGACAAUAUUGCAUAUGGUGACAACAGCAGGAUGGUGACACAAGAGGAGAUUGAAACCGCAGCAAGAGAAGCCAAUAUCCAUAACUUUAUUGACUCACUGAGCGAUAAAUAUAACACACGUGUUGGGGAUAAAGGGACCCAGCUCUCAGGAGGACAGAAGCAGAGGAUAGCCAUAGCUCGAGCUCUUGUACGAAAACCCAAAAUACUUCUACUGGAUGAAGCUACAUCAGCCCUGGAUACAGAGAGUGAAAAGAUUGUACAAGAAGCCCUGGAUAAAGCAAGAGAAGGUCGCACUUGCAUUGUGAUUGCUCAUCGGUUGUCCACUGUCCAGAAUGCGGAUACAAUUGCAGUGAUCCAGAAUGGACAGAUUGUAGAACAAGGGACACAUCAACAGCUCAUACAGCAGAAAGGAGUCUACUAUUCCCUGGUCACUAUACAGCUUGGCCACACAUGAGUAUGCUACGAGAUUCC